GUUUCAUACAUAAAUAAUAGAAACGAUAUAAUAUACUUUGUUAGCCAAAUUUUUUUGUUUAUUGAAAAUUUAAAUACUAUUUAUUUUUUUAACUUGUAUAUUGAUUAGCCAAAUAAUAAAUAAAUUACUUUAUUUUCCGAUUUUCUUAAAUGGAAAUAUCAAACUUAGAAAAUUACCCAGUUUAUAUCUUAAAUGUUACGCCAGAAUUAUCUCAAGAUACCAAUGUUGAAUCUUCUAUGCCCAUGACAACAUGUGAAACAUCGUCGUAUAAUUUUUACAUUCCAACUGUUGAACAGCUUCAUCAAAGAUGUAAUGUAAUAAAUACAUCAUUAAAUUCAGUUAAACAAAAAAAUAAACGUGUUGGAUUGUUACCACAAUCCAAAACUAUCCAAAAAGUACUGAAAAAUAAUUUUAAUCAAUCCUUAAAAACUGAAGAAGUUAUCUCAGAUAAAACUAUUGCUGACUUAGGUGUACUACUUAAUGAUGAAGAUAUUGUUAAUAAAAAUAAAAAAGUAAUAAAAUAUGAUCCAAAAACAAAUACCAAUGUAAUAUUCAAUUUAGUAAAUCCUAAACUCCUAACAGAAACAGUUAAAAUAAACAAAAUUAAAAGAGGGCGUCCACGUAAAGAAGAUAAACAAAUAUUAUGUAAUAAACCAAAAUCUAAGGAUUACUCAAAAAAUGAAAAAGAGAUAGUUGAAUGUUUAUUAACUACUAAAUUUGGGCGGUUAUCCAAACCACCAGAAUAUUUAUUAAAUGGAAAAACACUUAUGGAAAUGCCUAGAAAAAGUCAACCUAUUAUUGAUAAUAGCGGUAAUUAUACAAAUAUUAUUGGAAGAAAAAAAGUGAAGUAUAAUGUAAAAUCUGAUUUUGUAUGUGGCGUGUGUCACAAAACAUAUUUAGGACAUAAGCGAAUGAAAGAGCAUUUAGAAAAAUUUCCUUCACACAUAACUAAUUCAAAUGAUAAUCAAAAUUUUGAAUCAGAACUUCAAGAUAUUUUUCAAGAAUUUAACGAACCAAUACUUAAUGAAAAUGACAUUAAUAAUAGUUUAAAUGGAAAAAAAGAGUCUCACACACAAACGGAAAAGUUAAAAAACCAUAAGUGUGGUUAUUUAAAAUAUAAAAAAAAUUUAACUGGUCAUCUAAAACAGAUUUUGAAACAUUUAAAAAAACCCAGUAUUAUUAAAUCAUUAAACGGAAUCAUAUCUCCUUGGGACAUCAUGUCAAGUUUAUUAAAUACUGGAAAUAUAAAAACAUUUUCAGAGGAACUUAACAUGUUUAUUACAAAAUUACGAAGUUUGUCAGAAUAUUUAACUCUUAUUACAGAUAGAGAGUUAAAUUCUGACGAAAAAAAUAAAAUGAAAGUAGAUGAAACAUUACAAAAUCUUUUAAACAUGCCAAAAGGAACAUAUAGGAUGAGUUCUAUUCCUAAUGAAUACGAUGAUAUAACUCAAAAUAAUGAUGUUUGGACAAUAGAUUCUACUAAAUCUAAGGAUUCUAUUUCUCCAGCUCAUAUUCAUUCUAGUCCUAUUCAUUUAAAUUUAUUUGACAGCCAAACUUCCAAAGUUGAUUUCUUAUUAAGUUCUAGUAUAGAAGAGUCAAUGUUAUGUGAUGAAAACAGAGCUGCAUUGGAAAGUGUUGAUGGUCUUGUAUCUGAAAGGCUGCGUACAAUGACUGAUCAUUUAGAAACUAAUGUUCCUAUUAUAGAUUUUCCUUCUUCAACAAGGACAACAGUUAAUGUUUCUCAAACAGACACAUUUAUGAGCCAUGGAGUAUAUGAAGUUUUUACAAAUGAUAUUAAUCUUGUUCCUACUUCAACUGAAGAAUUUAUCAAAAGCUUAGAACAAUUUGAGCCUUUAAAUGAUACAGAAAAUUCUUUAAAUACUGAAACAAGAAUGCUUGAUUUUGAAGAUUUACAUCAUACAUUUAAUUCUACAGAUGACUUGUAAUGAUAUUUUAAAAUCUGUAUAAAAAAUUAGAUGUUAUACUAUUUAAGUCUAAUUCUUCUAAAUAUUUAAUGAUUGGUAUUUAGUUACCAAUAGUACUGCACAAAUUUAUUUUUCAU